UCAACGACCAGAACAUGACAGAUUUAAAUAAUCCUCCAAGUGAAUCAAGUGAUUCAGAAAUUCGUGAAAUGUUUUGUGAACACUGCCAGAGGGACGAAAGUAUUGAGGACGUUCCAACUGCUGAAGGAUUUUGUUCGACUUGCACGGAAUAUAUGUGCAAAACAUGCAUAAAAUACCAUCGUACCUACAGGUCUUACCACAAGAUACUGGACAAAGAAGAGAUGCCGAAAGAUUUAUGCAUGACACACUGUUCAAAGCAUACAUCAAAACUGAUUAAAUUCUAUUGUGAUAAAUGUAAAGUAUUUGCAUGUUCUGAAUGUAAAACUGAAUACGGUAUUUUCAGUGCACAUCGCAGGUUGCUUCAUAAGUGGAUCCACCUCCCGGACUUUGUGAAAGAACUCGAGUUGCACGACAAGUCAUUGGCAACGAUUAAAGAAAUAGAUAUUUUUGAAGAGGAAAUCUGUCGUAUGGAAGAAGCAACCCUCACAAGCAAGGCGUCUAAUGAAGAAUACAAGAAUAAAGCAGCGGAUGAGGUCAGAAAACAGCAAACUGAAAUUAACAAGGUGCUCACCACCUUCGACGACCAGAUGAUAAAAAAGAUAGAAGAGGUCGUCACCCUAAACGACAAAACUAUAGCAACCAGUUCGGUCAAAAUCAAUGAACUGAAACCAAAAAUCAGAGAUAUCAAAACUAAGAUAGAAAGAAAUGAGGCGCUAGGAAACAAGAGCGACCUAUUUAUCGACAUAAGUAAUUUUCUGGCAUAUAAAAACUCGUUGGAGAAUAAAAUUAAAGAGGUAUCACAAGAGGCCGAAAUAAUGCGAUUUGAGUUCCAUCCGAGAAUAUUAAAAUGCUCUGACAUGGGAGAGUUGAACACGUUCAAGUCAAUCAGAGACAUGAAACUGCGACGUGAAAUUACACAGGGUGAUAAUUACGCGUUUAGCGAUAUUUGUUUGAUGAAUGAAUAUAGUUUUGUGGCAACAGUUAGUAAAAAAUGCAGCAUUGUUGCUCUGAUGCCAAGAAAAUUCCCAUGUUUGGAUGGAAACCAUUUAUUUGCAGAAAGUACGCCUUCUUGGCCAGCUCGAGUCACACGAUUUAAUCAAUCACUAUUUGUGGUAACAUUUCCGUCCGAAGGAAAGAUAAGAUAUUUUAGAAUUUUAGACUGGCAUAAAAUUUCUGACACUAGACAAGAUAUUGAUAUUGGAAAAGGAUGCCUGGGCAUUGUGUUUAAUAACAUAGCAGACACAUUUGUUGUAUCGUUUGCAAAGCCUUUAGGAAAGCUCGUCAUCGCUGACACCGCAGGACUUGUUCUGCAAACCUUAGAAUUGGACAAGUUCGGGAACAAAAUGUUUAUGAUUCCUUGGUGUCUAAGCUUAAACAUCAGUUGUGAACGGUUGUACGUCUCAGACGGCAGAAGUUCAAAGGUUAAGUGUAUCAAGCUAGAUAGAGAAAACGCAUACUGUUUUAGCAAGACGAGCGAUACCAUUUGUACUGCAGAAGUAAUAUUCGAAGAUAGUCCUCCUUUCGGGUUAACAACAGAUGAUGCCGGACAUGUCUAUGUCUGUAGCCGUCUUGGGAUAACACGUUACACAAAUGAUUUAAAAUUCAUAGACACUGUGGACCACAAAGAAAGUCAUUGUAUUGCAUAUUUUGAUAAAAAUCAAAUUAUCUGCGUCGGAAAGCCGGGAAAAAUCUUAGUUUUUGUACUAGAGUAACAUGCGUUAUGCAGGUAUAUCACGACCGAGCUGUAAUAUUUGAAUCAUGAGUUUUUGUUGCGCCACACACCGAAAUUAAAAGAUAUAAAGCUGCAAUUACCUAAAGUAAACUCCAGAAGUACUGCUUCUUAUUGAUAUCUCUUUGGGGUUUAAGCCAGAUAAGUUAUUCCUAAUAAAGCAUUGUUAAAUUUAAAAAGGGGGAAAAAUACUGAAUCAGAGGCACAAACAUUGUUUUUAAAGCUUUCAGCCGAAAAUUUGGUUGGCGUAAAAGUGAAAUAUUUAUCCAUAUAUCAACAUCCCAAGAUAUGUACGUGUAAAUCUCUGCCUAUAUUAAUAUAUUGAUAUUUAUAUGUUAUAUGAUUUGUCUUUGUAACUCAAGCGAAAAUUCCUGUCAGCCAGCAGAUAAGGUGACAUUUAAGCCGUGGUUGGGAACUGACAGAAGUAUGGGAUAAGAUAUGUAAACAUUGGAUACAUUUUCGGUACAUUUACUGGACGGGCACCAGUGGCAUUUUCCAGUUAUUAAAAAAAAACAGUUAUUAAAUACAGAUAAACUGAACUUCCGACAACAAGGGUAAUUCUAUGUGUUCGGAUGUGUGUAUUAUAAUGAUUAUAAUCUUUAAAUAGACCGAUCGGUUGGUUUUAGAGCUGCUGCAGUUACAACAACAGCAUAGUAUGUCUAGCAACAUACUUUUUAUACUGCAUCACAAUUAAGCCAUACUGUGAUUCAAGGGAUGGCAAGGGAUAGCAUUUUUGUUAUUCGAAUAUUCAGUCAACCUUUUAAAUGAAUUCAAGAAAAAUCGGACAUCAACUCAGUGAUCAACAAGACAACUCAAAAUUUCAUGUUUUUAUCACUUAAUAAGCAAUAUUCAAAUUCGUUGUCAUCCCUAUAUAGAACAGUUAAAGAGCAAAAAUGACGAGCAUGUAUAUCUAAAUCUAUACCAAAAUAAGACUGAUAUACGAAAUAUGAAUACUUUUCACAAAUGCCGAUCUAUUUCUUCCUUUUAUUCUGUUGAAUACUUUUCAGGUUGUAAUAAGCCCCGAGAUGCCAAUAA